ACGAGGAGCUGUGUCACGCACUGUCUGAAAUGGUAUCAGCGCGCAAAGGCUUCGCGCAAGCGCGGGCAAAGUUGCCCGAUAGUUGCCCGCUAUCGGGCAAACUCGAUGAUGCGAUUGCGCCAGGUGAUGUGACUAUAAAGAUGUACUCGGAAAUCGCCAGUAGAAUAGUAGAUAUCGGGACACUACUAGCGAGCUCAUCGGAUAAGAUUUCUGUCCUAAUUCCCCUUAAAAAAUAAUCCCGCGCACCUUGCCCCUUUCACGGCCAAUAAUAUGUCAUCCCACCAAGAUAAAGAUCAACAUCAACAGGAAGCCCUAGAACAGGCGGAAGCCGAAUUCUGGAAUACCGCCAACAACAAACUCAUCCGGUACGGGGGGAAAUGGACGCACAAAAUCAUUGUUGAAGCCGAAGGCACUGUGAUGAAGGACAUCCGUGGCAACCGUAUUCUCGACUGGACCUCGGGCCAGAUGAGUUCUCUAUUGGGACACGCCCAUCCUGAGAUUGUCGCCGUCGUCGAGCAAUACGUCAAGCAGCUCGAUCACGUCUUCUCCGGCAUGGUCACUCAGCCCGUGAUUGACCUCUGUGACAAGCUGACUGCAUUGCUUCCACGUGGUCUCGACCGAUGUAUGUUCUUGAGCACGGGAUCGGAGACCAACGAAUGCGCCUUCAAGCUCGCGAAGAUGUACACUGGUGGAUUCGAAGUGGUUUCCUUUGCGGCUAGCUAUCAUGGUAUGACCGCUGGAGCCGGAGCCGCUACCUUCUCGGUCGGGCGCAAGGGUUACGGGCCCCAGAUGGCAGGCAACCUGGUACUUCCCGUUCCGUACGCUUACAGGAGCCCUUUUCGUUUCCCUGACGGAUCAUAUGACUGGAAGUCAGAGCUUGACUACGGUUGGGAUCUCAUCGAUCGACAGUCGGUCGGCGCGCUAGCUUGUUGCGUCGUAGAGCCCAUUUUGUCUACUGGUGGGAUUAUCGAGCUACCGGAAGGCUACCUCAAAGAGCUGAAGAGGCACUGCGAGAAGCGAGGCAUGCUCCUCAUCAUCGACGAGGCUCAAACGGGAAUGGGAAGAACAGGAGAUAUGUUUGCCUUCGAACGCGAUGGGGUUGCGCCCGACAUCCUCACUUUAUCCAAGACUCUUGGAGCUGGUUUACCCUUGGGGGCAACUGUCUGUACCCAGCGGAUCGAGGAGGUCUGUCGAGAGAGGGGGUUUUUCUACUACACAACCCACCUCAACGACCCGCUCGUCUGCGCGGUUGGCGCCAAGGUCUGUGACAUCGCCGUCGAGACGGAUCUACCUGGCCAAGCGGCACACAAAGGAAAGAUCCUGAAAGAUGGACUUUUGCAGUUACAAACCAAGUACCCUUGCAUCGGCGAUGUUCGAGGUCGGGGCUUGCUCCUCGGAAUCGAAAUCGUGCUCGACGAAGCCAAGACUCCAGGAGAUCAGCUCGGAUCGGAAAUCUCUGCGAGAUGCCUUGAGACUGGACUGAGUUGUAACGUCGUUCAGCUUCCCGGUAUGGGCGGCACUUUCCGCCUCGCGCCUCCCGUUACCAUCAGUGAGGAGGAGAUACGAGAAGGCUUGGAGAUCAUGGACGCUGCUUUUGCAGACUGUCUCGCAAAGCAGGAGCAUCAGGGCGGCGUCGUUGGAGGGGCUUGAUGGUCGCCACCACCCAAAUUAUGUGAUCCCGCUAUUCGUAGCAGCCCCGCACACGCCCAACUCGCUGUCAACCGCGAUCAUGUAUAUCGAUGUCUCUAGAUUUGUAAACGAACCAGCCAUGAGGUAUCCACUCGAGUGGUACUAGACGUGAACUGUACCACACAGCAAUAGUACCGUUUUGGGCAUUCUGCAUAACGACAUCCGACCUGUCCACUCGAAUCAUGCACAAGUCAUGCAAG